AUGUCCGUCACACUUGAUCAGUCGGGCAUAGAGAAGCCCAAGAGAAGCUUUCUCUUAUCUCUCAAAACCUGUUUUAUUUACCUCGAAAUCUUGUUCGCCGCGGGCCCGACCUGGGUCGAUUAUUUCCUCAUCGCGUUGGGUACUCUCUGCGCCGUUGGAGCUGGUGUUCCCUUUCCUCUUAUGGGCGUCCUAUUCGGCCAGCUCAUCGAUAACUUCAACGGAGCCACCUGCGCCGCAGAUGGUAGCGGCUCGGGAGCGAGCGAUGCAGCAUCUGAUCCUCUUGACUAUGAGAGUGCCAUCAAUGACAAGGUUAUAAAGACAGCUUGGAUUGGCGCCAUUGCACUUGUCUUGAUCUAUGGUCAUCUCACCUGUUGGAAUAUCAUCAGUCAGCGCCUCGCUCAGCGUUUACGGACUCGCUAUGUAUCCGCACUUCUGCGCCAACCUCCAGAAUUCUUCGACACUCGUGGAUCAUCUGGGCAAGUCUCAAGCCGACUACAGGGCGAUAUCACAGCUGUGCAGGCCGGCACGUCGGAGAAGGUUGGCAACAUCAUCACAACCAUGAGCUUCUUCGUCACUGUCUUUAUUAUUGCCUUCACGAAACAGCCAAGACUCGCAGGUAUCCUCAUAUGUAUGCUCCCGGCCUUUCUUCUUUCCGGAAUACUAGGAGGAAGAUACCUGGGCAAAUUUGUGGUCAAACAGACGGAAGCAUCCGCUGCAGCCUCCUCUAUCGCAUCCGAGGCUCUGUCGCACGUUGCUGUCGUUCAAGCUUUCGGUGCCGCUCCUCGCCUUGAAGAGAAGUUUGCAGAGCACAUGGCCUGUUCUCGCAAGUACGCUAUAGCUAAAUCUUCCAUUGCUGCUAUCCAGACCGGUUUGCUGUACUUCAUCGCUUACUCCGGUAAUGCCCUAGCUUUCUGGCAAGGCAGUAAAAAGAUCGCUGAGUCUGUGGCACGCAACGACGGGAGCACGACUGUUGGUGAGAUUUAUGCCAUUGUCUAUCUUCUCGUAGACGCUUGCGUCAUGCUGGGCGGAAUGGCACCUACUCUUCCAUUUUUAGGAGCAGCUGUAGGUGCAUUCCAGCGGCUCAAGGAAGAUAUUGAUGCUCCUUCAUCCAUCGACGGCACUUCACGAGAGGGUGUUGUACUUCCUCCAAGUGCGGCAAAGGCCCUGACAUUCCGCAAUGUGUCCUUCGAGUAUGCCUCUCGGCGAGGCCAGCCUGUCCUUGACAACGUCACCCUUGACUUCCCUGCUGGAAAAUAUACGGCGAUUGUUGGGCUUUCGGGGAGCGGCAAAAGUACUAUCGCAUCACUGAUAGCACGUCUGCAUGAUCCCACCGAGGGCACGGUCGAACUGGAAGGACACGACUUGCGAACACUCAACGUCAAGUCUCUCCGAAGUUUUAUUAGCUUCGUUCAGCAAGAACCCUCGCUUCUCGAUAGGUCCAUCCUCGAAAACAUCGCACUAGGUCUGGUGAAUUCUCCAAAGGAGUCUCACCAGCACCUCAAAUCGUUGCUCAAAGGCCCUGAGCUUGCGAAGAUGGCUGCCAAGGGCAAGGACACACUAGAUUCAGCAGCAUCUCUCGGACCCGAGUUCGCCGAAAUUGCCAAUUUGAUCCGUCACGCCGCUGAGCAAGCUGAUGCGGCCAGCUUUAUUGAACGCCUUGAAUUAGGCUAUGGUACGACUGCUGGCCCCAAGGGGUCGCUUGUGAGUGGUGGUCAGAGGCAACGCAUUGCACUUGCUCGGGCUCUAAUCCGUGAUCCUGAAAUCCUUGUCCUGGACGAAGCAACAGCAGCUCUCGAUUCUGCCAGUGAGAAGAGAAUCCAGCUCGCUGUCGAGAGAGCUGCUGCUGAGAAAAGAACCAUCAUCUCGAUUGCGCAUCGCUUAUCCACUAUACGCAAUGCCGACAAUAUUAUCGUCAUGAAGGCUGGCCGAGUCGCUGAGCAAGGAACCUAUGAUGAUCUUAUGGCCAAAGAGGAUGGCGAAUUUGCGAACAUGGCAAGACUGCAGACAGUCGGCAAUAAGAGUGACACAGGAUCUGUGGACGGCGAGUCUAUUGGCGCUUCAACUCUCCGAAACGACACGCAGCUGAACGAAAAGACCGAAGUUUCUGAGGCGACUCAGUCACUGGAUUCCCAGAUAUUGGGCCGGGAGGAGGAGACCAAGAAGAAAGAAGAAGUAGCACCAAAUGAUCAUGAGCUUGACGAUGUAAAGCCUUUCAGCUCUGUCAUCAGGGGUCUUGUCUGGUUGAUUCGACCCUCCCUGGGCUGGUUCACUCUCGCCAUGAUCGCUGCUGUCUUCGUUGGGGCUACCUUCUCUGGUUCCGGCAUCAUAUUUGGCUUCACUGUGGGAGCACUCAACCCUUGUGCAAAUACCCUUGACCACAUAAAAUCCAUGGGCAACAUGUUUGCAGGCCUGUUCUUCAUGCUCGCGGGUGUGGAGCUUAUAGCCAACUUUAUUGCUUGGCUGGGCUUCGGCAUUGUCGCUGAAAGGCUUCUCUACAACCUGCGGGUUCUGUCGUUCCGAUCCUUGCUGGAGCAGGGCAUCCACUGGCAUCAGUCUGAAGGACGAACGCCGACCAGCCUCCUUGGCAUCAUUACCAAAGAUAGCAUGGCUGUAGGUGCCUUUAGUGGUUCAACUUUCGGCACCGUGUUCGCAAUCCUCAUCAACGUUCUCAUCGCGGUCAUUAUUUCCCAUAUAUUUGCUUGGAAGAUUGCCUUGGUGUGUCUUGUGACGCUUCCAAUAUUGCUUGGCUCAGGUUUCAUGCAGCUGCGCAUGCUGGCGCGUUAUGAAGAGCGACACCGCGAGGCCUUCUCUACUGCCACCUCACUUGCAACUGAGGCUAUUCAGUCCAUCCGCACAGUGGCCGUCCUCUCCCUUGAGAAUGAGUACAUGGAAGGUUUCGCCCGAUUAUUGAAGCCUCCAAGGGAACAGGUUGUGCGUGCCUCAGUCACAACUAACAUCUGGCUGGCCAUCUCGUACACAACCGGUACAUUUAUCAACGCUCUCGCGUAUUGGUGGGGCUCGCAGCUCAUCAUGAAAGGGGAGUAUACUCAGAAGGACUUCCUUAUUAUAUUGGUCGCUAUGUUGACGAGCGCACAACUUUGGAGUGGCAUGUUCUCACUUGCUCCGGAAUUCUCUCGUGCUCGUCUGGCCCUCUCUCGCGUCAUGACGGUCGUCAACAUGGGAAGUAGCACACACACAGGAAAACCUGGACAGGAUCCCUCUAAGACUGGGGGGGAUAUCGAAGCAUCCGGUGGAGAAAAGUCGCCCAGCCCAGCGGAUAACCACCGUCGUGGAGGUGCAAAAGUGACGUUCAAGGGCGUUUCCUUUGCUUAUCCUAGCCGACCAGAUGCCACUAUACUCGACAAUGUCUCCUUCGCGCUCCCACCUAACCAGUUUUGUGGUCUUGUUGGUCCUUCAGGAGCGGGCAAAUCGACCAUCAUGAACUUGGUCCAGCGUUUAUACGAGCCCACAUCUGGCAGCGUGCUCAUCGAUGACAAUGACAUCAGCAAGCUUCCAGCGUCAUUUCGAGAUACGAUUGCCCUGGUCCCUCAAGAUCCUGCCCUCUUUGACGGUAGUGUGCGUUUCAAUGUUGGCUUAGGAGCACCUCCGGGCCAUGAAGCCACGGAUGAUGAAAUUAAGGAAGCUUGCCGUUUAGCGAAUAUACAUGAUGUUAUUGAGGCACUUCCUGAUGGCUACGAUACUGAAUGCGGCCCCUCAGCUUCUCGUCUAUCAGGUGGGCAAAGACAGCGCCUAGCAAUCGCCCGUGCUCUUGUUCGUCGUCCCCGGCUGCUACUCCUAGAUGAGAGUACCAGCGCCCUUGACGCCGCGAGUGAAGCAGCUCUUCAAGAGGGUCUCGAGAGAGCAUCAAGGGGCACGACAGUAUUGGCUAUCACUCAUCGACUGCAUACUGUGCAGAAAGCUGACAUCAUCUUCAUUGUUGAAAACGGACAAAUUGUUGACACCGUGGGAACUGCCCUUGCCGUAGUAGGCGUCCUCGGCCAACUCUUCGACGGCUGCGUCAAAGCCUUAGCCUCUUCACCGCAGCAGCCAACCUUGACACAGAUAGCCAGAGACUUCUGUCACAAGGAAUCCCAGCUGAGGAGUCUGGCACUUCAAAUCCUCGAGGAGUUGCAUAGCGCAGUCACAGACUUCAAGAAACUCAAGAACAUUUACGGGCUAGUUGCCGAGGGUAGAGCCAACUUGGAUGUCACUGGGCCAAAGCCAAGGAAGUCGCCUUCACCUUCAAGAAAGAAGCCAAAAGAUGAUGAGAGUCGCGACUUGAAUGGUGUUUCAAGAGUAGCAGCCUCAGAUGGCGUCUUCCCCAAACUCAUCACUUCAGCCAACCUCAAGAAGCUCCGGAUCAACCUAGACGCCAAGCCCCAGGCUUCAUUCAAACCGACGUUCGCUCUCAAGGUUCCCCGCGCUGCACUUGAUCUCAGUGGGGAUGCUGGUGAUGGCGGGAGAAGUACAGGGCGGCAUGAGAGUGCGGGAGAUGUUGUUAUUGAGUGGGUUGACUAUGAUCGCGAUGAUGUAGAUGAGCGCGUAGCUCAUGUGCGCCGUCUUGACGAUCUUGCCCGCAUGAUGCACUCCGCUUCCGAUUGCCAUCCCGACCUUCACAGCAUCGACUGUGUAGGUUACGUUGAGGAUGCUUCACGGUGCAGAUACGGGCUCGUAUACAAAGCGCCCUCGCCGUCUUUCUCGGCGCUCCAUGAACUCAUCGCCAGCUCGGACCUCAAGACUCCUAACCUCGAUGAUCGAGUCCGUUUGGCACAUACGCUCGCUGUCGCCUUAUGGUCUGGCUUCAUAAAAGCUCUUGCAGCUCAAACAUUCUCUUCUUCCCUUCAGCCUUUUCAGCAUCGGCUCGCUCGCCCUUAUCUAACGGGUUUUGAUGCUUCAAGACCAGACCUUGAUACUGCGCUCUCUGUUGCGCCCCGUAAUCCUUCUAUCCUUACACUGCACCGACACCCAGCUUCCUUGCGGGGCUUUCCUCACUGCAAGCCCAUGGAUAUCUAUAGUCUGGGUUUGGUGCUCCUCGAAAUAGGUCUCUGGAAGGUUCUUCAGACAUACCACAAGCCACACUACUCCACGGGUCGAUGGCGCGACAAGGUCCUGCGUGCGGUUCUCGUUCCCGGUCUGGGUAGCAAGGUUGGUAGUCGAUACCGCGAUGUCGUGGACAAGUGUUUGGCCGUGAGUGAAGAGAUGACAAGCGCUGAGGCUGGCAAGGUAAUAGAGGAUGCUGUCACAGCUCUCGAAGCUAUCCGGACCUGA